UACUAAAUAAGCCAGCACUAGGCAGGUUCAUGUUAGCCAACAGAGCACUGUUAAUUAUUGGAAAGUUUUAUUUUAAUUAAAUUACAAUAGUUGUUUACACACACCCGCGACAAGUCUCCCGAAACCCGUAGAAUUUCGGCAUACAAACAGGACAACGGACGGAGAAGUGAAGCUGAGCCGGAGGAGGACUAGCAACAAAGAACGGCAACCACAAAGAGGGGCCGAGAAAACCAAAACCCGUUUCAUUCCACUGCUGCUGCGGCAUUUCUCCGCUCUCUGCGUGCGCUCUCAACAAAGGGGCGUCUCAGCUACAAUAGUCGCCUAAUCCGGAUCCCCUGGCCACCAGUAUGAUGGUUGAGUCCGACGGCACCGCCGAGGCCACCCGCCGUCUCAACGUGAAGAAGCAGACCCUGGACGACGCCUAUGCGGUGCCCGCAAACUUCCUGGAGAUCGACGUGGUCAAUCCACUGACCACCAUGGCGGCGGGCAAGAAGCGCUACACGGACUACGAAGUCCGAAUGCGGACCAAUCUGCCCGUGUUUAAGGUAAAGGAGUCCAGCGUAAGAAGACGCUACAGCGAUUUUGAGUGGCUGAGGAAUGAGCUGGAGCGGGAUAGCAAGAUUGUGGUGCCGCCAUUGCCUGGCAAGGCCUGGAAACGACAGAUGCCCUUCCGCGGCGACGAGGGCAUCUUCGACGAGAGCUUCAUCGAGGAGCGACGCAAGGGACUGGAGGCGUUCAUCAACAAGAUAGCCGGACAUCCGCUGGCGCAGAACGAGCGCUGCCUGCACAUGUUCCUGCAGGAGAAUGUCAUCGACAAGAACUACGUGCCCGGCAAGAUCCGCAACACAUAAGGCGGGCAAAGAAUCUAACCAUAGCAAUGCAAUGAAGCAAAAACAACAACUCGAACGAACAAACCCGCUACGAAAUCUUUAGGGAAUCCGUGUGUAUGUGCGUGUGUCCGCUUUGCGAGAUCGGAGGGAGGCUAUGUAAAGCGAGAGAGGAGGCGAUGGAGAAGGAAUCUGUUUAUUUUUCGACGCGAUAAGAGGGCGGAUGUGCUGCUGCUCAGUUAAUGUUGAGAGCCCCCUUCUCACCCCCGCGGGGACUAGUUAAAGCCAGAGCAUUGGGAAUUUUUAAUGCUAAAUUCAAGUUUAUAUGGUAUACAUUACAAUAUACAUACAUAUAUAUAUAUAUUAUAUACAAUACAAUAUAUUUACGAAUAGUGUACAUAAUAAUACAUGCCUCCCGCGUCUCGACUCGCAAGGAGCAGCCCUAGCCCCUCCUCUCCAGCUUCCUGCCGAUCCACUCAGUUUCUUUCUCCUUUUGACCCUUUGCAGCAGUAAGAAAGCAGCAAAACAAGUUAGGGAGCUAUCCUAAACCCAAAAAAAUCCGAUCCCUGGAAAGUGUAUGCUAAUUAUUGAAUAUUUUGAAAAAGUUUAGUGAAUAAUAUUGUACUUCGAAUCAAAUUAAAAUAAUUGAAAAAUA